UCCUGUAUAUUCCUGGGUUCAUAUUCCUGAGUGCGAAAAUGCCGUUCCGGAUACCAGCGCUGAGGAAGUUCACCAGGCGUCACCUCCUCUCCAUCACCGCCCUCAACCUCUUUGUCCUGCUCACCAUCUUCUUCACCAUCGACCUCAUACCCAGAAAAAAAGUCCGUGACAACGGAACAGCCCGCAGCCCCCGGGACCAGGAUCACGACCAACAGAACUGCAGCGAUAUUUGUCCCAUUCCAACUGUAACCCCGUGUGAGAAACAGGCCGUCAAUCCAUUGUAUGUGUUUUACGGCCACCAGGAACUACUUUCAUCACCGGAAGUGUUUACGCCUAGGCGUGAUAUCAUCACGCCGACUGACUACAAUUUCUCCAUCAAGGCCAUCGAUGUUUGUCCGGAGAAAAGUAGUCCUCUGUUGUUGAUAAUGGUUCUUUCCAUGCAUGACCAUGUAAAGCAAAGGAGCAGCGUGCGAAACACGUGGGGGAGCGUCGCUCGUGAUAAACCAUGGCCAAAGAAAAAGUUAUAUGGCGAAACAAAGCUUGUGUUUCUUCUCGGUACGCAAUCGCACAAUGAAACAAAUAAGAAAGUCCGCGAAGAAGCGGAAGUGCACGGCGACAUUGUAAUGGCGGACUUCGCGGAGUCGUACUUCAAUUUGACGCUGAAGGUUCUGUCAGGGUUGAAAUGGAUGAAAACGUUCUGCCCAGGCGCACAGUUCGUGAUGAAGAUCGAUGAAGACUCCUUCCCCGACAUUCCAAGGAUAACAAACCUUCUGGUUUCCACGGAAAUGCAAAACACCAUAUACGGACCGCUGGCCUUCUCUGAAUCAGUGGACAGGAAACUUCUCAAAGCCAAAGUUUCCAAGGAUGCCUACCCGCCUAAAUUUUAUCCUCCUCACGUGAAGGGUAAUAUGUAUGUGAUGCCAAAGGCUCUGGCUUUGAAUAUCCUCAAUGUGUCUAAUUAUUUCCCGUACGUAAACAUUGAAGAUGCUUUCAUCACAGGAAUCCUAGCCAAGCAUUUCAAUGCCCGUCAUUUGGACAUACCAGCUUCGCUUUAUGAAAAACACCCUAAGAGCGCCCCUGACGUUUGUAGCUUUGUGUUUGAGAAGAUAAUAUUGGCACAGCAAAUAUCCCCGGAGUUGGCCGAGAGAUUCUGGAGACGGAUUGUGAGUCCUGAACUUUGUGGAAUUGUUUGAUGCGACUGGGUCCAAAAGAUGAAUGGAUAUUUUUAUAUACGCUUUUUUACGAAUUCAAUGAUGAAAUACAUGAUCGUUUCAUG